UCCCGGGCCGUGAGCGCGUGAGAGAGGGUUUGAGAGAGAGGGUCGUGUGGCUAUCCUUGUCCUAUGCGGAUAUUAGCACCGUUUGGCCGCGUGAGUAGCCCCCAUCUUUCGGAACAGGCCUGUUCCCGUUCCUAUACUCCAGAUUUACAGCGGUUGUAUUCACUAUAAAGCAGUGCAGGGAUAACUGGUAGUCCGCAGAGCCCAUAUCCCGGCGCGGGGAUGCUAAGCUGCUGGCGACGCUGAAGAAAGCUCGAAAGGAAGGAGCCGAGCGCUGAAGAUGCUCGGUGUACCGGGCAAGAUGGGUGAUGGCUGAGGGAUGUCCUUUAUCAUCCUGAGAAAGUUGAAGUUACUGUGUCGACCUCAGUUGCGGCUGGUCCGUGUUUGUUCUUCACUCCCUUUUCCCACUGACAUCGGUCGCCAUGACAACCUCUGCUCUGCGUCGACAGGUGAAGAAUAUUGUGCACAACUAUUCAGAGGCGGAGAUCAAGGUCCGGGAGGCCACGUCAAACGAUCCAUGGGGCCCGUCCUCCUCGCUCAUGUCAGAAAUCGCUGACCUGACCUUCAAUGUGGUAGCGUUUGCUGAGGUCAUGGGCAUGGUGUGGAAGCGGCUCAAUGACAGCGGGAAGAACUGGAGACAUGUGUACAAGGCCCUAACGUUACUGGAUUAUUUGUUGAAGACAGGAUCUGAAAGAGUAGCUCAGCAAUGUCGGGAAAAUGCAUUCACCAUACAGACUCUUCGAGACUUUCAGUACAUUGACCGUGAUGGUCGCGAUCAAGGGGCCAACGUGCGAGAAAAGGCCAGACAGUUGGUGUGUCUCCUGAAAGAUGAAGAGCGGCUGCGCCAGGAGCGGAGCCAAGCCUUGAAGACCAAAGAGAGGAUGGCAGGUGGAGGCAGUGGAGGGGGAGGCUCUGGGGGUGCAUACGGGGGCAUCCCUCCAUCCUACCACCCAGGCAGACGCACCAGCCAGCCCAGCAUGGCCGUCCUGUACGGAGAAGAGUUCAGCCGCUCCAGAGGCUCCCCUUCCUCCUUUAACUCAUCCUCCUCCUCUCCACGAGCUGCGUCAGACUUGGAGCAGGCCAGACCCCAGACCAGCGGAGAGGAGGAGCUGCAGCUACAGCUGGCUCUUGCAAUGAGUCGAGAGGAGAGCCAGAAGCUGUUCACUGCUGAAGUGAAAGCUGUGGUCCACCCGCAGGAACAGCGUUGUCGCCAAGGAGACGAGUCUCUUUUGCAGAAGGCCUUGGACGAGAGCCGCAGAGAGAGCCAGGCAGGGGCACAGGAGUCUGCCAUGUUGGACCUGGUUGACAUUUUUGGGCCCUCAUCAGAGGGCCCUCCUCCCUCCUCGGACCCAUGGAGCUCAAAACCAGUUGAUGAGCCCAACAGUGACCCCUGGAACUCUGUUGGAGCUCAUACUCAUACUGUAAGGGGCAGUCCUUGGACAGAACCCACACCCUCACGUUCCAAAUCAUCAAAUCCUUGGGCCCAAUGCUCCAGCCCAAGCACAGACCCCUGGGAAGCUCCGCCCCCCUCAUCGAGAGCGGUCAAUGAUGAGUGGCACAGCCCAUCUGAGAGUGACAAUGAUGUGGCAGGUCCAUUUAUAGCACAAAAUGAAGACGAGUCCAAACUAGAAUAUCCUCAAGUGAACUCUCCUCUGCCCGCCAGUCCCACAGAUGCAGAGCUGUUCAGUGCUAAGCCCAUCUCAGACCCCUUUGCAGGGGGAGAGUCAGAUCCAUUUGGGGCAGAGCCCUUGGCCAAACCUCAAAUCAAUGGAAGGGACACAGCCAGCCCAGAGAUGUUUAACUUGUCUCGACUGGGACCUCCUCUCAGCACCCCUGUGACGCGGAUGUGUAGGACCCCUGAGGCAUUCCUGGGCCCUACGGGUGCUUCACUGGUCAAUCUGGACACACUCAUUCCAUCAAACCCACCCACAAAGACGCACAACAACCCCUUCCUCUCAGGUUUGAGCAGUCCCUCACCCACAAACCCUUUCCACUGCGACCAGCCUCGCCUCACUCUGAACCAGAUGCGUCCAGCUUCGACGUCUCCACUACCGCCCCAUAUGCUCUCGUACAGUCCCUCUCUGCCUCUGCCGCUACACCACCAGCUCCCCGUUUUGCCCUCAUCGUUCACUCAACCUCCUGCAGCCAUCCUAGAAAUGCCCACGAACCUACCCCAACCCCUACUGCCUCUCUCCCCGCGGCAGGUCCCAUGCACACAGGCCCACAGCAACAACCCUUUCCUCUGAACUGUCUUGGAUAAACCAACCAUUUUAAUUUCAAACCUGAGUUGAUGUCAUGCAAAACUGACUAAUGUAUCAGUGGGUCUUUGAUACAAAAGACACAUCGGCUGCUAUGAACUGUAAACCUUUUGAAAACACAGGGUCUUUUCAAUGCCUUUACCCUGCCUGAGCUCGUCAUACCCACCCGUCCGUUACCUUCUGAAAGAUAUGACACUACCACACACUUGUGAUUGUCACCCUCUGUUGCUGCUUCACCGACACAAGCAUGAAUGCACCCUCCCCUCCCACGGAACUCUACACCUUUUACCCUCACCAACCGGAGAGUAACUUAAUUAUUUUAUUCCAACCAGACAAUUAGAAUAUAGAACGUUUUUAGCACAGCUGAAGUAUAUGGGUAAUGGUAGUGAAUCAACAGAACACUUCUCGGAUGAAUUAGUGACUCAGGUAGCCCUAUAUACUAUGAAUACAUAUUUAUGGUAAUCGCCUUGUUACUUUGCGUAAUGUCUGACUCAGAAUUAAAUAGUAUAGGCUCAGUUAUAGCUAGUUAGCUACAACAUGUUUAUGGUUGGAUAUCAGCCUCAACAAUUAUCUAAAUGAAAGUUGGUUUCACCCUGUAAUCUUCUGCUUACUAAUAGUUUCCAGCCCACCAGUUUGUCAAAAUUUUAAAUAAAGCAAGGGCAAUCAGUAACCAAAAAUGAAGUUGUAUACCUGCUGAGCAGAUGAAGCGAUGAGACCAUAAUGUUGGUGUUCUAAUGUGUGUUGUUUGGUUUGGACUCUUGGGCUGCACUGAACCUGGUAUGAAUGUGAAAUGCCUGCCAAUAAAAACAGGCCUCGUACAUAUGUAUUUAUCAGAGGAGUACCUAUUAAGUAUUAUAAAUAUCAAUAAAUAUAUGGUGUUUGCAAAA